GUGACAUUCUUUACUUGGAGCGUCCGCAGCCAUUAGGAAGCGCAACAUCAUCGGCCUACACUUCUCCAGAAUGCAAGAUGAAAGAGCACCUCGCAUUAAGAAUCGCGCACGGGCAGCAGUCCAAGUAACAGCCGAACAACUGCUCCGAGAUGCCCAAGAACACCACGAGUCCCAAAUCCGGCCCCCACAACAGCGUGUAGAGAACUUCGAAGAGCUGCAUGAGUAUCGAUGUAGAAAGCGCGAGGAGUUCGAAAAGAGGAUCAGACAAACCAGAGGGAACAUGAAAGAAUGGCUGCAGUACGGAAACUGGGAAGCAAGCCAAAACGAAUUUUCUCGGGCCCGUUCUCUUUUCGAGCGAGCGUUGGAUGUCGAUCCACGAAAUGUGAAACUGUGGCUUACCUAUACCGAUAUAGAGCUAAAAUCUCGCAACGUCCAGCACGCACGCAACCUCUUUGACCGCGCUGUCACUCUUCUCCCCCGCGUAGACCAGCUGUGGUACAGAUAUGUCUACCUUGAAGAGCUGUUGCAAAAUAUACCCGGUGCACGGCAGGUGUUCGACAGAUGGAUGCAAUGGCAGCCAGAUGACAAGGCAUGGCAGGCAUAUAUAAGCUUCGAGCAGCGGUACGAAGAACAUGACCGGGCAAGUGCAAUUUAUGAGCGCUGGGUUGCAGUCCGGCCAAAGCCCCGUGUGUGGGUCAAGUGGGGCAAAUUUGAGGAAGAACGCGGUAACCUGACCAAAGCAAGGAAGGUAUUCCAGACUGCUGUCGAGUACUUCGGAGACGAAGAGGGGCAACUUGAGAAGACCCAAGCUUUAUUCAAUUCGUUUGCAAACAUGGAGACUCGGCAAAGAGAGUACAAACGGGCUCGUAUUAUUUAUAAGCUGGCCUUAUCGUACCUUCCACGAUCAAAGUCAAACGCGCUCUACGCAGCGUAUACGCAAUUCGAGAAACAGCACGGUACAAGGGCUACCCUCGAAGCGAUUGUCCUCGGCAAACGUCGUAUUCAGUACGAGGAAGAGCUUUCGCACGACGGUCGAAACUAUGACGUAUGGGUUGACUACAUAAGAUUAGAGGAAGGUGCCCUUCAAGAUCUGCCAGAGGAGAAUGCCACCGCUGAGGAGAUAGAGCAAGCAUGUGGUCGUGUGCGAGAGGUCUACGAACGAGCUAUAGCUCAGACUCCCCCUGGAAACGAGAAGCAGUAUUGGCGACACUACAUCUACCUGUGGCUGAACUAUGCUCUCUUCGAGGAGAUAGAAACUAAGGAUUACGCCCGGGCUCGCGAGAUAUACCAAACAGCGCUCAAACUUGUUCCGCACAAACAAUUCACGUUCGCCAAGCUCUGGAUUCUCUUCGCCCGAUUCGAGGUUCGCCGCAUGGAUCUAGGAGCAGCAAGGAAGAUAUUAGGGACAGCAAUCGGGAUGUGCCCUAAGGAGGCACUCUUCAAGGGGUACAUCAAGCUUGAAAUAGACCUCCGCGAAUUCGACCGUGCACGCACACUCUACGAGAAAUAUAUAGAGUAUGAUCCUACGAACUCCAGUGCAUGGAUAAAUUUCGCUGAACUCGAAUCGCAACUCGGUGACUACGCCCGUGCCCGCGCGAUAUUCGAACUCGGCAUUUCUCAAUCGACAGUGCCGAUGCCUGAGCUGAUUUGGAAGAAGUACAUUGACCUCGAGGUGGAAGGAGGAGAGCGGGAACGGGCGAGGGCGCUGUAUGAGCGGCUUGUGGCAUUGAGCGGGCACGUAAAGGUGUGGCUAUCAUACGCUUUGUUUGAGGCACAGCCGAUGCCGGCGCCGAGGGAGGAGGAUGAAGAGGGAGAGACGGAGGCUGAGAUGGUCGAAGGGGACGUUGACCUCGCAAGGCGCGUAUUCGACCGAGGGUACAAAGAUCUCAAGUCGAAGGGUUUGAAGCAAGAUCAGCUAGCUCUGCUAUUGGUAUGGAGAACAUUCGAAGAAGAGCGCGGUACGCCGGCAGACGUCGCUAAGGUUGAAGCCAUAAUGCCUGUACCAUAUGCGACAUGGCGUUUUGACGAAGAGGCUGGUCAAUUCAUGGACGUUGAUGAUAUGUUGUUCAAAGGCGGCGAGUACCAAUCGAGCCCGACGUUGGUCAAGUUCUUGCAAGCGGCCCGUGCGUGGAAGAACGCCAAGAGCGAAAGCUCAGACGGCCUGCAGCCCCCUAAGCCGGAACAUGCUGCCGAAGCAGGUGAUCCCAGCGAUGUAGCGUGAUGAUGAUUGCUAGAUUUUGGUUCAAGAUAGUUUCUGCUUGUACAUCAGCCUUUAUAACGUCUCUUACAUCAAACGCAUUCCGGUUACGCAGUUCCUGGUGGCCUAACUACCUUAUUGGGCUAUAAAGGGCUGAAAUUGUGAUUUUGAUGAUUUGACUCAGCUUUGGCCUGUCUUUUGAUCCUCAUAGCUAAACGGUCGUUCAAUGAUAUUUCUCGC